AUGGCGGCACCGAGCUUAGCAGGAGUCAAGCGGUCCUUUGGGGAGAUGGCCGCGGCAAAUGCCCAGUUGGCGGGCUUAAGCCAUUCGUGGGGCAGUGACAGCGAUCGACUACCAAAAGCACCAGCACGCCAGAGGAAACAUGCUACUAGCGAGUGCCCCUCCAAAGUUGACUGUAAGCCAUGCCACUCCUGA